CUGGACGAAGUACAAGAUGCGCUAGAAAACGAUCACGAUGUGUUCAGUCUAUGGAACUUUGAGGACAAGUUGUUAUCAAAAGCCAUUAAAACUGGUAAUUCUGUCAGGAUGAAGAACAUUCUAAGAAAGGCUUUGAGGGGCGAAGAUAUCAAACUUGUCGUGCUGGGAGGGUCAAAUAGUGCGGGGGGUUGUUUAGGAGCGGACGAGAAGAGUUUAGAUGGAUUAUACUUCGGAGUCUUUGUCAACUGGUGGAAUAAUUAUAUUGGUGGUAUAACAAAGGCCGUUAUGAAAGAAAUUCAACUGGCAAUUGGGGCAACUGGAAGUUAUUUUUACUCUUACUGCUACCAAACGUUCCUUGGAGCGCGGGAAAAGAUUGACAUUGUCCUUAUAGAAGUCUCUGUCAAUGACCUUAACAAGAGUACACCACUGGAGCAAUUAACUCGACAAGUCCUAACGCAUCCGUCGACGCCCGCGGUACUGUUUAUUAACCUCGUAAGUUAUGAACGCAAUAACCGUCUAAUAUGUACAAAUCUCGAAUGUUUUGGUCAAACUAAGCUCGCACGCUAUUACAAUAUUACUUCACUGGGUUUAAGAGAAUUGUUUUGCCAUAAAGAAAAGGGAAAUUGGAGAGCUGUGAUUAAGAACACGACUGCCUCAGAUGGACAACAUCUGAACGUUAAUGCGCACGCACUUGUGGCGACGAUGAUGAUUAAGUAUGUAAAAAGCGUUUUCAAGGAAGUAAUAAGCGAUAUUAACAAAGGCAUUGGUCAAGUGGAAACCAAAGACAUCAAGUUACCAAAGAUUCUGCUUAUCAAAAGCGAAACAGAAAUUUUGAGACAGCCACUGUGUUGGACAGGAAAAACGCCAGAUGCGUCUAAACCGAUUCACCACCCAAGUCUACGAUUUAAAAUUGUAGAUAACGUAGGCUUUUCGAUGUGUUUAAAACUAAAAAACAAGACCAAACCGCUUCGUCCGGAUGCCUUUGGGGGUUGGUGUGGGGGGAAAAAGUUUAGUUACCUUAAAUUAAGUGUCUUCGUUCCAGAUCUGAAAAUUAAAGAUGUUCCGACAAGUUCGCGGUCCGUGACAGUUAUGGUCAUGAACGAACGAUGUCACGCUACGAUUUGGCUUGACAACGAGAAUAAUACAGCUGUUUAUUUUUCUGAAACUUACAUCGGGUUUGAUCAAGUUGAUACAGUUUUGACAAGAGUGAAGCCAGGAUAUCAUAAUCUCACCGUUAGGACCAUGUGUAAAGGGACAUUUAUGGUCAGCGGAAUUUUCGUUGGACCUCCAGACUUCCGCAUGAGAUGCCCCCACUAG